AAUUCAAAGUGUUUAUUAGUCGCUUGCUGUUGUUAGUUUACGGUUUUCAGAGCUGUCCGCUGGAGCGGCUUUAAAACCACAUCCUGAAGAAAGUGUAGACUUGGCAUGAAGGCGUCUGUCUGCUUCAGCAAUCACUGCGGUUAUUUCGCAGUUACGGAGAAGAAAGGGACUUCUUCCCGAGGAGCAUCACGAGAUUUUGCAUGGAGAAGAUGAUCUGCAGGAUCCUGCUGCUCCUCAUCCUCACCUCAUGUGUCUCUGGAUCAUUUGUAGUCAAUGUGACACAGACCUCCUAUCAGGCAGAGGAGAACCACAACAUCACACUGGAGUGGACGUUCACCACCAACCCUGACAGAUCCAUCAAAACUCUCAACAUCCUCUGUGGUCAUAACACUGGUCAGAAUACCUCAGUCCUGUAUCGUGUUCAUGAAGGUGUUGAGGUGUCAGAGUCUCAGGAUGCAAAGUUUUCAGGACGAGUCCAGAGUGACAAAGACGCCCUCAGAGAAGGACGAAUCAGACUUCAAGUGUCCAGACUCAGGACUGAUGACUCGGGUCUGUACCUGUGUGAGGUCAACACUGAUGAUGGCUUCAGUGUUGGAAGAUGCACAGCCAGCAUCACUGCAGCUGAUGAUCAACUCCAACCUCAGAGACCAACAACAAAACCUCCAGCAGAAAGUGGAGGAAUGACUGGUUUCUACAUUUUAAUGGGAGUGUUCUCAGUCAUUCAGGUCAUAGUAGAGUCUAGAGCUUGA